AUGGUAAAUGAAGUUUUUCUUCGCUACGGAGUCACCAGGAGAAUAAUUUCUGAUAACGGGACCCAAUUCAUCAGCUCAGUAAUGCAGAAGAUAUGCUACUGUCUGGAUAUUCAGCAAAGGUUUACCCCCGUCUACCAUCCGUCUGCCAACAUGGUUGAGAGGAAGAAUCGAGACUUAAAGACCCAGCUGUCCAUUUUGGUAGGACAAAAUCAUCAAAACUGGCCAGAGAAACUUCCUAGCAUCAGAUUUGCUCUCAAUACGGCCCGAUGCCAGUCAACCGGAUACUCGGCCGCAUAUCUCACUUUUGGACGUGAGCCACGCACUCCCUACGAGAUCGUUCAUGAUUUCAGAACGAUAGCCCGGAACGAAAAUUUCAUUCCCGAAGUUACUCCACUCCUGAAGAUGGUUGCCACUUUCCAAGAAGCUCGCGACACCGAAGUGAAAGAACAGGAUCGACAAAAAGCAAUCCAAGAUCGACGUCGUCAACCGAGACCCACCUUCGAACCUGGUGAUAAAGAUAAAGCAAAGCUAUUGCCGGACGAACUGCCAAGUUCGCUCCUCGAAGAGACGGUCCAUACCUAA